ACAACAGUUAGUGAGCCACCACCGUAGCUUGCUAGCCAACAUAGCCGAAAGAUUCAAGCUCUUUAGACUUCGGUGUAUAUUCGCCACUGUGUUUUGAACACACUUUGGUCGUCAAGCUAGUUUACCAUUUACAUUUCAUAUUUACGUUGCUAGUAGAUAGCUAGCUGGAUAGCUAAAACAGCCUAGCACUAGGCUAGUCGAUGAUAAUAAUGUGCUAACUAGCUAGCUAACAUCCAACCAUGAGCUCAUUAAGCUCCUGCCCUGAUAAAGAAGAGGGGGUCUGCUGGACGGAGAAAGAGGGUCUUUGGCUGAACAUUGUCGUAAAAGAGGAGGAGGAGGAUGAGGCUGUCACAGUAAAAAAAGAGGUAGAGGGUGAGGCUGUUGCAAUGAAAGGUGAAGGAGCUCCAAUGAAGGAAGAGUUCAGAGUGAAAGAGGAGGGCGUCGUCACUGUGAAAGAAGAGGGGGAAGAAAAAGUGGAGGGUGCCGUUUUUGGAGUGAAGGGGGAGAUAACUGUAACAGUGAAAGAAGAAGAGACUGGAGAUCAGAUUAACAACGGAGAGAAACGAGACUCUCCCUCUGACAGCAAGAAGAGUCCUUCAGGUGAACCAGACCCAAAGACGUCCAAACCAGCAGGACGACACCACUGCUCCCAGUGUGGAAAGAGUUUUACCCAGUUAGGGAGCUUGAAAACGCAUGAGAGAAUACACACAGGAGAAAAGCCCUACCACUGCUCCCAGUGUGAAAAGAGUUUUAGGUGGUUAGGUAGUCUGAAAAAGCAUGAGAAGACACACACACGAGAAAAGCCCUACCAAUGCUCCCUGUGUGGUCAGAGUUUUACCCAGUUAGGGGCCCUCAAUAAGCAUGACAGGACACACACGGGAGGUGAUAAGACCUACCACUGCUCCAUGUGUGGAAAGGUAUUUAACCGCUUAAGGCAUCUGAAUAAGCAUGAAAGAAUACAUACACAGGAGGAGAAGACAUACCACUGCUCUCAUUGCGGAAAGACAUUUUCCCAGUUAGAGGACCUGGAAUCGCAUGAGAGAAUAGAGAGGCUGUGUUCUGACUUAUGUUUUUGACUGGGAAUUUGUGUUUUUGUUCAUGCCACAUGAAAUCAAAUUGUGUCAAUUAAGUUUUACUCAAAAAUAGGCCUCGAGACAUAACUAUGUCUAAAAUCAGAUUAAAUAUUUUAAUCUGUAUUUCAUUUUGAUAAUGUCAUUUAAUUUCAUUGGAUACAAGUAAGUAUAAACCCUCCAAUGUUGUUCAUUAUAUUAUUUGGAUAUUGCAAAUGUAAAUUAUUAUAUAAGUCACUAAGUAAGUAGCCUUUCACGAGCCUUGGCUUGUCUCAGCCAGAAUUAAUCUCCUAUUUUUGUAGCUUGAGGCAGCUUGAUGUACAAGUACAUUCCCUGGACAGUACACUAGUCUAUUAAGUUCUAUAUUGUUGGGUUCUGAGAAUAUGAAAUAUACUUAUUAAUAUCACUGAGGAAGAGAGGAUAAUGUAUAACGUUUACAUUAUGUCAGGAUAUGUAAUUGUUAGCCAUCAGGGAUCCUAUGGGAGGGAUCCUCUGGGAUGAGAAGAGACAGUCUGGUACCAGUCACCAUGACAGCUGUGAGUUGGGGAGGAGUGAGCACUUUGGGGCAGAGGUCAGGUCAGAUGAAGUGAGGAAGAACAGAUCUCACUAAGGUUCUGUCUAGCAACCGAGAUGCAUUGGCUGUUCAGAUGUGUAGGAGGAGACUCGGCAUAGGAGAAAGGGUUACAUAUCAGUGCUUGUGUGAAUAUAUCGUCUGCACAGCUGUUUGACCCUUUGGGAUGAAUAGACUUGGUUUAAGCUUUCAUAGUGUCUGUUGAGUUCUUACUCUAAUAAUUAGAACCUAACAAUAUAGUGCCUUCAGAAAUGAUUCACGCCUCUUGAAAUUUUCCACAUUUUAUUGUGUUACAGCCUGAAUUAGAAAUUGAUUGAUUACAUUUUGAUUUUGUGUCACUGGCAUACACACAAUACCCCAUAAUGUCAAAGCGGAUUUAUGUUUUUAGAAUUUUUGAAAUUAUUUACAAAUGAAAAGCUGAAAUGUCUCGUCAAUAAGUAUUCAACCCCUUUGUUAUGGCAAGCCUAAAUAAGAUCAGCUUUUCCAUAGACUCUCUCUGUGUAAAAUAAUGUUUAACAUGAUUUUUGAAUGACUUCCUCAUCUCUCUACCCCACACGUACAAUUACAAUUAUCUGUAAGGUCCCUGAUUAUUGGUAGAUGGGUAAAA